AUGACACAAGUCCAAAAAGCACUAGCUCUGCCAAAAGGUUUUGGGAAUUUUGACAAGAAAACAGACCCGAAAGGGUUUAAAUUGGUUGAUCCACCUGAGUUGAACACUGUUGGGGUCCCUAAGAAUGGAUGGGUUGUCAUAAGAUUUAAAGUUGAUAAUCCAGGGGAAGUUAUCUCCGAAGACUAUGAGCUCGAGUAUGGUACUGAUUGUUUAGAGAUGCACCUUGGGGCUGUUCAACCUGGGGAACGUGUUUUGGUCAUUGAUGAUUUAGUGGCGACAACACUAUCUGCAGCCAUAAGGCUUUUAGGGAUUAUUGUUAAAGCUUUGGAUUGUAAUGCUGCUGUUGCAAGUCGGGAUGCUUUGGCAAAGACUAUUUAUGCUAGGCUAUUUGAUUGGCUUGUUGAGAAGAUUUGA